AUGUUCGAUCGACGACCACUACUUCCUCCCAAAAAGCGCAGUGCACCCGCCUCCGCCGCGCCCAAAAAGCCACGCCAAUCAAAACUAGCCAGAGCAAACGAUAUCACCGCCGACGAAGAAAACGAAAUCAAAGAAGUCUUCCACCUCUUCUCGACAAGUGUCCCUGAAUUCAAAAAUGAGAAAGAAGGCGUCAUAGAACGCGAGGACGUCCGGAAGGCGCUCGUAGCCCUAGGCCUCCCCCCUUCCAACUCCAAAGAACUCCACGAUAUCCUCUCUGCGAUUGACCCCACAGCCACCGGCUUCGUCCUCUAUGAACCCUUUCUCUCUGUCGCGGCGGCGAAGCUACGGUCUCGGGAUGAUGACGCUGUCGUUGCGGAGGUGGAUGCCGCUUAUCAGUUGUUUACGCGGAAUACGGAGGGUCCGAUUACGUUGGGUCAUUUGCGGCGGAUUGCGCGCGAGCUGAAGGAGGAUGGGUUGGGGGAUGAUUUGCUGCGGGAUAUGAUUUUGGAGGCGAAUGGGGGGGAUACGGUUGAAGCGGGUGUGAGCUUGGAACAGUUUCAUGAUGUUAUGAGUAGAGCUGGUGUAUUUUAG